CCCCGUUUGCCCUCAGUCCUGCAGUGUGCCACCGUCAUCGGGUUCUGCUAUUGGGCCUCAGAGCUGAUCCUGGCCCAGCAGCAGCAGCACAAGAAGUACCACGGCUCCCAGGUCUACGUCACCUUCGCUGUCAGCUUCUACCUGGUGGCCGGAGCUGGGGGAGCCUCCAUCCUCGCCACCGCUGCCAACCUGCUGCGGCAUUACCCCACCGAGGAGGAGGAGCAGGCCUUGGAGCUGCUGUCAGAGAUGGAGGAGAACGAGCCUUACCCUGCGGAGUAUGAGGUGAUCAAUCAGUUCCAGCCGCCUCCAGCUUACACCCCCUGAUGCUGCGGGGCCCGGGGAUGGCUUCCUGCCUCCCUCAACUCUCCUUGGACUGGGGACGCCGUCCUCAGUGCUCCGCUCUGGGGCACGAGAGCAGCUCCUUGCCUCCCUAAACUCUCCUUGGAUGGGGCUGCUGUCCCAGCGCUUUGCAGUCCAGGCACCUCGUGGCUCUCCUGAUUUUAUUUUUUUCCCACCCCCCCCCGUGCCGGGGGAAGAACUGCUUUUAGAACGGGAUUUCUUCAUCCGAAGCCUCCCUUUGUUUGAUGAACUCUGUGUUGUGAUUUUAACCCUUCUCUCCUCCACCAACUGAAAUAACACCGCUCUGGGGCUGAGCUCUUCCCAAUCCCCUGGACGAUGGGGUCAUCACGCUGUGCUGGAGAUGAAUUCCCACCCGAGAACGCGGCCCCGGCUCCGUAUUUAUCCAUCUCCAUAGGAAGUGUGCAGGUGGGAGAGGCCUUUUACAGCAGCAGCACGACUUGGGGACGGGCACAGCGCCUCUCCUGCGCCGAGCACACGCAUUUUGCACUUUAACUCACGAGGCUCUGCUGAUGCAGGGAGUUGAGGGGUGCAGAGCUGCUGCCCCCCAGCUCCUGUUGUUUUUAACAGAGAUGAACGGAGACUUUUAUACAGCGCCGGCUCUGAGGAGCGGAUUGAGUCCAUGCUAAGUGAUGGGCUGUGGCUUUUAUGCAAGAUCCCAACACCUCCACCCCGAUAAUUCCAUUCUGAUGGGAAUUUUGGGCUUCUUGUUCCCUUUUCGUGGCUUUGUGUCCUGCUUUGGGUCGACUGCCCCGUUCCUCUGCGCGCCCCGGGGAGGUGCUCGACCCUGAGCUCUGCAACCAGCCCUGCAGCAACCUGAGCGGCCAGCAGGGCGAGCGUUGCUUUGGGGCUGGCUGAAACAAAGAAGGGAAGCAAAGCGUUCCCACAGCCACCCCCUGAGCACCGCGCUGCUGGGAAAGCUCGGCCCCAGGAGGAGAUUUAGGGCGGGAACGCUGCUGGAUGCAGCUCCCACCCC